AUGAAAUUUGCAAAAAGAAAUACCUCAAAAACCAACGAACUCACACUAACUCAAUUUUCAAAGUAGUGUGACCACUGGAAGGUAAAUCGUCAUUCUUACUUUAAACCAUUUUUAAUUGAACCUCAAAUUAAUUUAAAUGAGAAAACCGUUGCCGCUCAAGAGUAAAUAAUUUGUAAAGACAGUGAUAGUAUAGAUUAUCAGUCUCCAAUAAUGUGGAUUCCUUGGCUAUUCAAUAAAACAAUAACAUGGCAAAAGUGUCCACAUUUGAAGGCAUUGCAGAAGAAUGUUCUCUUCAGUCUCUAAGCUUUGAUUAGCAAUUAAUGGAAAGCGAACACUAAGAUAUAGAAAUUAAAUAUAACCUACUUCAUAUUACCUCAGCAUAUUUAAACUUCAAGAAUCCUGUUCAACAGCAAAUAUUUAAGCAACACUAUUAAAUUAAAGAGAUCAACUCCAAGAAUUGAUUAUACUCUUUUUGUAUUUUCCCUUAAUUUAUUUAUAAAUAUUGAUAAUUUUUCUGAUGAUAACCAUGUUACACUGAAUAGUUAAUUAAUAAUAAAAAAAUAGAUAUGGGAUAUGUAAACAAUAAUCUCAUUAUAAAAAACAAAGAUUUAGAAUUUGAAAAUGUUCCCAUUAUGCUAAAUAAUCAGAAAACAUCAAACAUCAUCCUCCAGUUGCCGAUGA